AUGCGUGAAGUACUAGAUCAGGUGGGUCUUGAGGAUCAGGAGAACAGAGGCUGUUUAUAUAUCCAAGAAUGCGACACGUGCAACGCCACGGCCAAGAACAAGAUAAAACGUGGUUACAGCUAUGAACCCAAUAAAUGUGGCCACAUCCUGGUAAAAAUACGUAGCAGCAGCCUGCCAACAACCUUGCCACAUCUCGACCGUACCACAAUUACCGUCUAUGAACUCUUUAUGCAAGCCCCUGGUCAGCAGGUCUGUCUCGAUCUACGAGAGAGGUGGCAGUUCAAUGCGGAACACGUGGUGGGUGCCCGGAAUUACAACUGCUCUACCAAAUCCUUGGCCAGACAUGCGGUGAAGCUGUUUGAACACACGAUGCCAGUCCCCGAAGCAGCUGAAAGUUCCCCGAAAACAGACACCGAGGCCCAAAACGUCCUUAUUGCCUACGACGCUUCCAGUGUGGAUGUUUCGUCCUCGCGUGAAUCCGUCCGAUUUUUCAUCAAUAGUCUGAUUAAUCUGGGCUUUCGAGUGCUCUUCGUGCAAGGUGAGUAA